AUGGCGGUGGUAAUGGCCGUCCACUCCUACACAUGGGUGUUCGUCUUGACCAUGCUCUUCGCCUUUUUGGACGCCUACUCCAUCGGUGCCAAUGACGUCGCCAACUCUUUCGCCACGUCCGUCGGUUCGCGGUCGCUCACGCUCGCCCAAGCCGUCUGCAUCGCCAUCUUCACGGAGUUCGGAGGAGCGAUUGCGCUGGGAGCCAGUACGACAAAGACAGUCAAGGACGGAAUUAUCCAGACAAACCUUUUCAGCAAUCGCCCGGACCUGCUUAUGUCGGCCUUCAUGUGCGCUUUGAUAUCGUCAUCCACGUGGGUCAUGGUCGCUACGUACCUAGGAAUGCCCGUUUCCACUACGCAUUCCAUCAUCGGCGCGCUUAUCGGAGUCGGUGUUAGCGCGUACGGAACGGGCGCCGUGAAUUGGGGCUGGGACGGAAAGGGCGUCGCUCAGAUCGCGACGUCGUGGGUGCUCGCGCCGACUCUCGCCGGCAUUCUCGCCGCUCUCAUCUACACCAUCACGCUGUACGCCGUCAUGAAGCGCAAAAACUCCCUUCGCGCUGGCAUCUACGCGAUUCCAGUCUACUUCACCAUCACCACCUUCAUCGUGUCGUUCUACGUCGCGACCAAGAACGGCAAGUCGACCCUCGAUUUCAAGCCCGCUUCCACCGGCGGCGCCAUCAAGGUACAAGGCAAUGUUGCCCUUGCGUUCGGCAUCAUCGGCGCGGUAACCGGCGUGAUGCUCAUCUUCUGCGUCGGAUUGCUCGUGCCCUUCUUCAUCCGACGGCUGGAGAAGGAGGAGACACUCAAGUGGUACCACAUCUUCUACAUCUGGUGCGUGCCGGAGCAGCCGCAGGACCCCAAGAUCGACAUGUACCUGAAGCGCGCCUUCACGCCGCAGUUGCUGAGCGACGAAGAGAAGAAGCAGCUGGGAAUGCCGGUCGAGGAUCCCGAGGAGAGCAAGGAGAAGGAGCCCGAGAAGCCGAGGUCGAAGAACCCGGCCGUGCGCCUAUACAAUAAGAUCAAGCUGCUGCUGUGGCAGUCGAUUUUCAUGGACGUUGCUAGCCUGCAGCAUGAGAACAAGGGCGCGGUGCGCGCGCACGAGGUGGCGGUGCUGUACGACAACAAGACGGAGUAUCUCUACUCGCUGCUGCAAGUCAUCACCGCCGGGUUCGCGAGCUUCGCGCACGGGUCCAACGACGUCGCGAAUGCGCUGGGUCCUCUCGCCGGAGUGUAUCAGAUCUGGGAUUCGGGAACCUUCAAGACGGAGGCGAGCGUACCCACGUGGAUGCUUGCGUACGCCGGUCUCGGCAUCGACUUCGGCCUCGCCUUGUAUGGUUACCACAUCAUGCGUAACCUCGGGAACAACAUCACGUACCACUCGCCGUCACGUGGGUUCUCCAUGGAGCUUGGUGCAGCACUCUCUGUCAUCACCGCGUCGUUCCUCGCGCUGCCGGUCUCCACCACGCAGUGCAUUGUGGGCGCGACAGUCGCGGUUGGGCUGUGCAACGGCAACUGGCGGGCCAUCAACUGGACCAUGGUGGCCAUUUCGGGCUUUGGAUGGAUUCUCACACUCCCCCUGGCAGGAACCGUUUCUGGCACCAUGGCCGCCGUCGUAAUGCCCGUUCAUUCCUACACAUGGAUAUUCGUGGUUAGCAUGCUGUUCGCCUUUCUAGAUGGCUACUCUAUCGGAGCCAAUGACGUCGCCAACUCUUACGCCACGUCCGUCGGAUCGCGGUCGCUCACGCUCUCUCAAGCCGUCUGCAUCGCCAUAUUCACGGAAUUCGGCGGAGCGAUUGCGCUUGGCGCCACCACGACGAAGACCGUGAAAGACGGAAUUAUUCAAACCAGCUUAUUCAACAAUCGCCCCGACCUCCUCAUGUCGGGCUUCAUGUGCGCGCUGGUAGCCUCUUCCACGUGGGUCAUGACCGCCACGUACUUUGGCUUGCCCGUGUCCACCACACAUUCUGUCAUCGGCGCGCUUAUCGGCGUUGGCGUCAGCGCGUUCGGCUUUGACGCCGUGAAUUGGGGCUGGGACAACAAGGGCGUGGGGCAGGUCGCGGCGUCGUGGGUCAUCGCGCCGGCUGUGGCUGGAAUUCUUGCCGCUAUAAUCUACACCAUCACGCUCUACGCCGUCAUGAAGCGCAAGAACUCGCUGCGCGCCGGCAUCUACGCGAUUCCCGUGUACUUCACCAUCACCACCUUCAUCGUGUCGUUCUACGUCGCGACCAAGAACGGCAAGUCGACUCUCACCUUCAGUGCCUCGACUGUCGGCGGCGCGGUCAAGGUCGCUGGCAACGUGGGACUGGCGUUCGGCAUUAUCGGCGCGGUGACCGGCGCGAUGCUGCUCUUCUGCGUCGGAUUGCUCGUGCCCUUCUUCAUCCGACGGCUGGAAAAGGAGGAGACACUCAAGUGGUAUCAUAUCUUCUACAUCUGGUGCGUGCCGGAGCAGCCGCAGGACCCUAAGAUCGACAUGUACCUGAAGCGCGCCUUCACGCCGCAAUUGCUGAGCGACGACGAGAAGAAGCAGCUGGGAAUGCCGGUCGACGAUCCCGAGGAGAUGAAGGAGAAGGAGCCUGAGAAGCCCAAGUCGAAGAACUCGUUUGUGCGGUUUGUUAAUCACGUCAAGGACAACAAGACGGAGUACCUCUAUUCCCUGCUCCAAGUAAUCACCGCCGCCUUCGCGAGUUUCGCGCACGGGUCCAACGACAUCGCAAACGCGCUGGGUCCCGUGGCGGGAGUCUACCAGAUCUGGGAUUCGGGGACGUUCAAGACGGAUGCCAGCGUGCCCACGUGGAUGCUCGCGUAUGUCGGAAUCGCCCUCGACCUCGGUCUUGCUCUCUAUGGUUACCACAUCAUGCGGGCCCUCGGCAACAACAUCACGUACCACUCGCCAUCGCGUGGGUUCUCCAUGGAGCUCGGCUCUGCCCUCUCCGUCAUUACCGCGUCGUUUCUCGCGCUGCCGGUCUCCACCACUCAGUGCAUCGUCGGCGCGACCGUCGCCGUGGGGCUGUGCAACGGCAAUUGGCGGGCCAUCAACUGGACCAUGGUGGCCAUUGCUGGGUUCGGGUGGGUUCUCACGCUUCCCCUCGCUGGCUGUGUCGCUGGCCUGCUGUACGCGAUUCUCACUCGCGGACCCAGCUUUACCAUGCCGCCCGGCAUGUAA